AUGUUGUUCAACGGGAUCACUGGACCUAUUAAGGCCAGAAUCUUUGCGACAACAUUGACUGGUCAGGCGAUGACCUGGAUAACCAGGCUCCCCAGGAACUCAAUCAACUCGUUUGAGGACCUAGCCCGGACUUUCCGACUGAACUUUGCAAUAAGCAAGGUGCAUCAAAUGCCGGCUUACGCUCUGGGAAGAAUUCGGCAGAAAGAGAAUGAAUCGCUGAGGAAGUACCUCGACCGGUUCAAGGAUGCCACACUCAAAGUCCGAGGUUUAACUGAAGCGGUGCACCUUCACUUAAUCAUCUCGGGAUUAGAUGGUGACUCUCCACUUGCGAGAUCAAUCUAUAAGAACCCGGUGAAUGAUCUGGAGGAGUUCCGACGAAGGUCGGAUAAAUACAUUGAUGUGGAAGAUAUGCAAAAGGUCUACGUCGAGUCUCGAGGGCGAAGUCCGAUACGUCGGAGCCUGAGUAAGAAAAAUAACAAAGAACGGGACCAGAAAGGAUCCAAAAAAGGGAAGGAUUCUCACGAUAAGAGGUCGGACGAUCGAUCUCCAAGAAGGAAGUAUGACGAUUACACACCCCUGAACAUGUCCAGAUCCAGGAUAUGGAAAGAGGUGGCCCAGACCGAGAUGCGCAACGUCGAGAGACCUCGACCACUCAAAGCCAAGAGCCGGCUGGACAAAAACAAAUACUGUGUUUUCCAUGAUCAAAAUGGUCACAUCACGGAUGACUGCUGGGACCUUCGAGGUGCUAUUGAAAAGCACGUCAGAGAGGGGAGGUUGAAGCAAUAUAUCAUCCGAACACAGGGAAAGAAAAAUAAUAAGCGAAGGCAAAGAAGCCGAAGCAGAAGUCGAAGCCCGAAGAGAGAACACAGAAAGGAUCAAAGACAAGACCGACCUGCCAAAGGCAAAGAGGUCGAUGAUAAGGACGAGGCCUUUCCCGAAGCCGAAUUCGAAUGCAACGUGAUAAGUGGAGCUCUAGGCGGGGGAGGAGACUCGGCCAACGCCAGAAGAAAGUACCUGAAGGAGGUCAUGUCCGUAAGAGACAGGCCGACCUUCAAAGGGAAAGCCAGCAAUCCUGCCCCCCAAGACUGUUCUUCACUCAGGAGGAACUAG